UCUUUCCACCUAAGAAAAGCGCUCGCACCUAUACAUAACGAAUCGCAACUGACGAUGACUUCACGGAGAUAGUGCCGGUGUACCAGACACUGGUUUCGCCCCUGCACGGAAUCACGAAAGCAAGUCCACUACUUGUCGCCGACCCACCACGCGUUCCCCCACCCACUCCCACUCAUGGCGAACGCGGCGCGAGGGCACGCCGCCGCCGACGAUCCGUACCUGCAGGAGCUCAUCCGCGGCUCCGUGCCGGGUCCAUCGGCGCGCGCGCGCGUGGCGCCGCUCACGGACGACGAGAUCGGUCGGUUCUACUGCGGCAUCUGCAUGGAGACGAAGCUGGUGCUCGACCGGUUCCGCGCCGCCGCCGGUUGCGCGCACGAGUUCUGCGUCGGCUGCCUCGUCGGUUACAUCGAGGGCCGCGUCGCGGAGGGCGCGGUGCCCGUGCCCUGCCCGGCGCUCGGGUGCCGCGACGGCGUCAUGCACCCGGAGGCGUGCAAAAAGCUGCUCUACAUCGACGUCUUCGACGCCUGGUGCGUCGCGCUCUGCGAGCGCGCCGUCGGGCCCGGCCGCGCGCGAUGCCCCUACCGGUGCUGCGGCGAGCUGGUGGUGCUCGAGGACGGCGGCGGGGCGGGCCAGGGCGAGGCGUCCAAUGUGGAGUGCCCCACCUGCAAGCGCGAGUUCUGCCUGCAGUGCGAGGAGCCGUGGGACGAUCGCCACGGCGGCGGCGGCGGCGGCGGCGGCCAAGGGUGCGUGCUAGCCCGGCUCGCCCAGGGUCGUAACUGGAGGCGCUGCCCGAGCUGCCGCGCCAUGAUCGACAAGAUUGACGGGUGCAAGCGCAUGGUUUGCAGGUGUGGCACUGUCUUCUGCUACGACUGCGGCUCGCCUUUUCCAGUGGGAGUUUGCCCAUGCAUUCCACCGCAAGAGGAUGCUGACCGCCCUUUCACUCAGCUUAACGCAAGAUUUGAAUGCAAACCAAGCGUUUUCAUCAAUGAAUGUUGAAUCGAUCAAGUUAGUUAUCCAUUUGUAUGUAAUAGCUCUUGUUGGAGAUUAUUAGAUUAUGUAUAGUAUGCAUUUGCAGCAAUGGAUGUCUGAAGCAGAGGUUUCAGAAGAGAGCUUGUCUGUGACAUCUUUUGUGAAUUGCCUUGAGUGUCAAUGCCACCUUGACUUUUUCGUAUGAACAUCUUGCCUCUCUC